AAGUCAGGCUCAUAUUGCUUGUCUUAGUGUCAACAGUGCUCACUUGUCCCGUGGUGUGUGGGGCUGAUCUUGGAGGGGGUAUCUGUGGUCCCUAUACAUUGUAUUUUGGAAGAUACCUGGUAUGGCUUCAGGAGGGACAGGGGAUGAACUUGUCUUCUUUGUGAAUGGUAAAAAGGUAGUGGAAAAAAAUGUUGACCCAGAAACAACUCUAUUAAUCUACCUACGAAGAAAAUUGGGCCUAUGUGGAACAAAGCUAGGCUGCGGAGAAGGUGGAUGUGGUGCUUGUACAGUUAUGAUAUCCAAGUAUGAUAACCUCCAAAAGAAAAUCAUCCACUACUCUGCAAAUGCUUGCCUCUUCCCCAUCUGUGCCCUGCAUCAUGUAGCAGUAACUACUGUGGAAGGCAUAGGAAACACAAAAACAAGGCUGCACCCAGCCCAGGAGAGAAUAGCAAAAAGCCAUGGAUCCCAGUGUGGCUUUUGCACGCCUGGCAUUGUCAUGUCCAUGUAUGCCUUACUUCGCAACGCACCUGAGCCCAACAUGGAGGAGAUAGAAGAUGCUUUUCAAGGAAACCUGUGUCGCUGUACUGGAUACAGACCAAUUCUGGAGGGGUACAGGACGUUUGCUAAAGAUUGGGGUUGCUGUGGGAGAGCAGCCAAUGGCCCAGGGUGCUGUAAGACUGAAAAGGAAAACAGUGCAAACCAGGGCUGCUGUGGAAAAAGAGGCAAUGGCCCAAGUUGCUGCAUGAAUGAAAAAGAAGAAAAUGCAGUAACAAUAUCUUCCAGUUUGUUCAAUCCAGCAGAGUUCCAGCCUUUAGAUCCCACACAGGAGCCUAUCUUCCCACCAGAGCUACUGACUCAGAAUAGCAAACCCCUUAAACAACUGUGUUUCAAAGGCGAGCGUGUGAUGUGGAUCCAGCCCACAACACUCCAAGAAUUGGUAGCACUCAAAGCCCAGCACCCCAGUGCCAAGCUUGUGGUAGGGAACACGGAAGUGGGUAUCGAGAUGAGGUUAAAGAAUAUGCUGUACCCAGUGAUAUUAGCACCUGCUUGGAUUCCUGAAAUGAAUUUUGUUCAGCAUACAGAUAAAGGGAUUGCCUUUGGUGCUUCCUGCACCCUGAGCUUGGUGGAAAAGGUGCUGAGUAAAGCUGUAGCCGAGCUACCUCCUUACAAAACAGAGGUGUUCAAGGCUGUACUAGAACAACUGCGAUGGUUUGCAGGGCUGCAGAUCAGAAAUGUUGCAUCUCUUGGAGGGAAUAUAAUGACUGCCAGUCCAAUUUCUGACCUAAACCCUGUAUUUAUGGCAAGUGAGACCCAACUGACUUUGGCAUCAACAGAGGGCAAAAGGAUUGUAACAGUGGAUGAAAAGUUCUUUACUGGCUACAGAAAGACAAUGCUAAAGCCUGAGGAGAUACUGUUGUCAAUUGAGAUACCCUACAGCAGGAAGGGUGAAUAUUUCUCAGCCUUCAAGCAGGCUACCCGGCGUGAGGAUGACAUUGCUAUAGUGACCUGUGGAAUGAGAGUCCUGUUUCAAGAAGACAGCCACCGAGUGCAAAAGAUUAAACUGAGCUAUGGAGGAAUGGCUCCCACAACUGUACUAGCAGUAAAAACUUGCCAGAAACUCACUGGGAGAGACUGGAAUGAAAAACUGAUGCAGGAGGCCUGCCAUUUGUUGGCAGAUGAGAUGAACCUGUCUCCUUCAGCUCCAGGUGGGAUGGUGGAUUUCCGACGCAUACUCACACUCAGUUUCUUCUUUAAGUUUUACCUGACCGUGCUUCAGAAAUUAAGCCAGCAGCUCAACGGCAAUAAUAACUUGAGCGAGAUGCUUCCCUCCAGUUACCUGAGUGCCACUGAGCUGUUUCACAAAGAUCCCAUUGCCAAUGUCCAGCUUUUCCAAGAAGUGCCUCCAGGACAAGCUGUGGAAGAUACGGUGGGCAGACCCCUGAUGCACCUUUCGGCGGCCAAACAGGCAUGCGGGGAGGCUGUCUACUGUGAUGACAUACCUCACUAUGAAAAUGAACUCUACUGUACAUUGGUUACCAGCACCAAAGCUCAUGCCAAAAUCAUUUCUGUAGAUACAACUGAAACCCAGAGUGUCCCUGGCUUUGUGUGUUUCAUCUCUGCUAAGGAUAUUCCUGGGAGCAAUGUCACUGGGAUUGCUAAUGAUGAGACUGUCUUUGCUGAUGACACAGUUACUUGUGUGGGCCAUAUCAUUGGUGGAGUUCUUGCAGACACUCAAGAACAUUCCCGAAAAGCUGCUAAAGCUGUGAAGAUCAAAUAUGAAGACCUCACACCUAUUGUCACAAUUGAGGAAGCUAUUGAGAAAAAGUCCUUUUUUAAGCGUAUAAGGAAGAUUAACAAAGGAAAUGUCCAGAAAGGAUUUGAAGAAUCUGACCACAUUUUGGAAGGGGAGAUGUAUAUUGGUGGGCAGGAGCACUUUUACCUGGAGACUCACUGUACCGUUGCUGUGCCAAAAGGUGAAGAUGGGGAGAUGGAGCUCUUUGUGUCCACCCAGAAUCUAACAAAGACACAGGAAUUUGUUGCCAAUGUAUUAGGUGUGCCCUCAAAUCGAAUUUUGAUUCGAGUGAAGAGAAUGGGAGGAGGGUUUGGAGGAAAGGAGACCAGAAAUACUAUUUUGUCAACAGUUGUAGCUGUAGCUGCAUUCAAGACUGGUUGUCCAGUACGAUGCAUGCUUGAUCGUGAUGAAGACAUGCUAAUUAGUGGUGGAAGGCAUCCAUUUUUGGGGCAGUAUAAGGUUGGCUUUAUGAACAAUGGGAAAGUCAAUAGUCUGGAGGUGUCCUAUUAUUCCAAUGGUGGCAACUCUGUAGACCUCUCUUAUGGCGUUAUGGAAAGGGCUUUGUUUCACUUGGAUAAUGCUUACAACAUCCCUAAUGUCAGCAGCCUGGGCAUCGUCUGUAAGACUAACCUCUCCUCCAACACAGCGUUUCGUGGCUUUGGUGGUCCACAGGGAAUGAUGAUUGCUGAGUGCUGGAUGCAUGACAUUGCUAUGAAGUGUGGCCUGCCAGCAGAGCAGGUGAGAAAACUGAAUUUGUACAAUGAAGGAGACCUGACCCACUUUAACCAAAAGCUUGAGGGAUUUACUGUGCAGAGGUGUUGGGAAGAGUGUCUGGAGAGCUCAAACUAUCAUGCCAGAAGGAAACUGAUAGAUGAAUUCAACAGACAGAAUCGCUGGAAGAAGAGGGGGAUGGCCAUUAUUCCUACAAAGUUUGGCAUCAGCUUCACUGUUCCCUUUUUGAACCAGGCUGGGGCUCUUCUGCAUGUAUAUACAGAUGGUUCAGUGCUGCUUACGCAUGGUGGUACCGAGAUGGGUCAAGGACUUCACACCAAGAUGAUCCAGGUUGCCAGCAGAACUCUGGGAAUUCCCACAUCGAAAAUUUACAUCAGUGAGACGAGCACUAACACAGUCCCAAAUACGUCUCCAACAGCUGCUUCUGUCAGCUCAGACAUUAACGGGAUGGCUGUCUAUAAUGCAUGCCAGACUAUUUUAAAAAGGCUGAAGCCAUUCAAACAGUCUAACCCUAAAGGAUCCUGGGAAGACUGGAUUCAAGCAGCCUAUGUCAACUGUGUGAGCCUGUCAGCCACAGGGUUUUAUAGAAUGCCUGACCUUGGAUAUGACUUUGAUAAAAAUGAAGGGAAGCCUUUCUGCUACUUCACAUAUGGUGUUGCUUCCUCUGAGGUUGAGAUAGAUUGCCUGACAGGUGACCACAAGAACCUUCGCACCGACAUAGUUAUGGAUGUUGGCACCAGCCUGAACCCAGCCAUAGAUAUAGGACAGAUAGAGGGAGCGUUUGUACAGGGCAUUGGGCUCUUUACCCUGGAGGAACUGCGCUAUUCACCUGAAGGAAACUUAUAUACCCGAGGGCCUGGAAUGUACAAGAUCCCUGCAUUUGGAGACAUCCCAUCAGAAUUCUAUGUGUCUCUUCUCCGCAACUGUCCAAAUAGCAAAGCAAUUUAUUCAUCCAAGGCUGUGGGAGAGCCCCCACUGUUCCUCUCUGCCUCCGUGUUUUAUGCUAUUAAAGAUGCCAUCUUCUCAGCGAGGAGAGAGUCUGGCCUGACAGAGCCAUUCAGACUUGACAGUCCUGCCACCCCAGAGAGGAUCCGAAAUGCUUGUGUUGACAUCUUCACCAAACUGUGUCCAUCUGCUGAACCAGGGACCUUUAAGCCAUGGUCUGUGAGGGCAUAAAAGGGAAGAUGAAGAACAAACUCUGCUCAUGAAACUGGCUUUACCUUACAGGACCAAAAGAGAAACAGUAAAGCAGGAGAGGAAUCUGUAUUCAUGUGGCUCAUCCAUUGAUUCAUGAAGCUUUCUAAUUCAAUUGUUGAAUCAUUUCCUUAAGGGAAGGGUAUUGCUGGCAAUUAUUGCUGUGAUGUAAAUGUAAAUGAAGAGUAAAUUGAUGGUUUUGCUGCCUGUGUAAUUGAAAAUUUUACAAGGUUCAUUUAAGUUUGCUGCAAGGAUCAGAGCAAUACUUAUCACUAGUAUAUUGGAAGAGGUGUUUAUUUUUUUAAUGCAAUUAUAAGAUUCAGAGAUACGUUAAGCCAGGGGAGACUUAGAUGUGUUGAAUCCAGGUGAACCAUCCUUUUUUCGGGUGAACUGUCCCAUCCAAAAGGGUGAGGCAGGACCUUUGUUUUUUUAAUCUGCUUAAAGAGGCCAUAUCCCUACUAAGAAGAAAAAAGGUGGGUUUCAACCUGUGUUAGCGAAUCUGUUUUAAACCUGGGUCUAGGUAAGAAAGUUGUAAUUUUUACACAUGUUAAAAAACCAUGAGGGUUUGACCAGAUGAUGUGUUAAAAUGACAGCUGCAUUGUUUAUUCUAGUAAUUUUGCACAAGUUAGUUAGCACAUGUUGAAGUACUUUUUAUUUUACCUAGUGAAGACCAGGCCAGAGAUGCUGUGAGGUUUAUCAGCAAGUGCUGACUAGUUUCUGUCCAUAUACCUCUUUUCUGGAAAAGAUUUGAGGACAACAGAAAUGCGCAGAAAAAGUAUAGGUUUGGAUAAUAAGGGAAGCUACAGGGUAACUGUACCAAUGAGGCAUAAUCUAGAUCUGAAUAGAAGGCAACUGUGGAUUAAUAGGUUGCCUUCUAGAAGUCAGUGCUCUCAAGAACUCAACCUUUUGUAUGUGAUAAACACACCUGUUUUCACUCCUGCCAUUCCUGAACCCUAUCUUUUUUAAAAACAGCCACUUGUUUUUGGUAAAGAUAGGGGGAUGCAUAAAUAUUGCUGAAUGUACCUGUCUGAUUAAAUAGUUUAAUGCAUGAUUCCAGUAUCACUUUGUGAUUAAUGGAAUUUGCAUACAGAACUUUUCUUACAGUCCAGACAUCUGUAAGAAAUCCCUCUUCACUCUGGCCCACCAGAUCCCACCCAUCAAACGUCAUUCUUCAUGUCAGACUGAUUUUAUGUGGUCAUAACAUCUUACACCUGCACGUAUUAGAUCUCAGAUACACACUGGGUGCGUUUACAUGAGAUGCUAUGGCACAGUAGCAACGAGCUCAUUGCUACAGCACUGUAAUGUUGCCAGGCCCAAACCGUGAUGGUGACGCUACUGCACAGUAGUAAUGAGCUACUGCACAGCUCUUUGCUACUGUGCAGUAGCAUCUAAAAAUACCUGUGCAGUGAUGGGACUGUGCAGUAACACUUGUUACUGUGCAGUCAUUUAGUACUCAGGUAAGCAAGUACUAAAUGACUGUGCAGUAACAACUGCACAGUUGGCUUCUUAUGUAGAUGCAGCCACUGUGCCUCCUUAUCUGUUGCAAACUUUCUUGUCAUCUCUCAGUUCUGUGACACUAUUAAAAUGUUUUUCCUUUUUGCACUCCUUAGGGCUGUAAUCAUAUGUAGUAUAAGCAGAUGUAACUCUAGGGACUCUAAUAGGCUUUUAUUCUAAUUUGAAUUUGGCCUGUUUUAUCACUUUAAAAUUCUUGCACAUUGAAACCAAGCUUAACGUUUUAAGCACUCCAAGGUAAACAUUUUGAAAUAUCUAGAACUAAUCUUUAACUUAAAAUACUAUGAACAUCAUGUAUAUCAUUUUAAAAAGGGAAGUUGUACACACAAGAUGGAGAUGCUAAGUACAGGCAGUCCUUGCACUUACGGCAGGUUAUGUUCCUGGAAAAGGUGCUAUAAGUUGAAAUGAUGUAGGUCGAAUCGGAUUUUCCCAUAGAAACAAUGUUAUAAUAGGGGGUUAUGUUCCUGACCAAGGGCCUGAUGCCCAACAUUUUAUAGAAAUGACCAUAAACACCAUAUUUAAAUUAACUAUUUAAUCAACUAUAAAUGAUAUACACUGUACAGUACAAAGCUUUCUAAAGUGUACUGUAUAUAAAUUAAUUAAACAGGGCAAUACAGUAACUAAUCACAUAAAAUUGUAUUUAAUCAGAAGGUGAAGGAACACCUUUAUCAGGGUCAUGGAAUUCAGAAGGGCUUUUCUGGGGAGAUUUUGGGGAGACUUAGGGCCACUUGAUGGCUUUUUGAGAAACUGAUCCAGGGAUGUUUGUUUUGCCGCCCUCUUUUUCUCAUUAUAAAUUUCUCUGUAGUGCCACAAGCACGAGGAUUCAGCACCGUAAGUAAUAACUUAGGUGUAAAUGGCAGAGCACCACAAGUGCGAAUCACUGUAAGUAGAAACACCGUAAGUUGAGGACUGCCUGUAUCUUGUGUCUGAUCUGUUUGCUACUUUGGCUUUUUCUUAACUGAAAUGUGUUUUUUUUUCCACUUGAUGUUUAAAGUCAGAGGAACCUAGGGAAAAAUGUUCUUUCUUCUGGAAAAUUGGUAAAAUUUUAGAAUCUCUCCUUAGGAGAAGACAAUUGAAACCAUUUAUUUGCAACAGUAGCUGCUAGAGUCAGUGGAUUUAUGUUCUGGACAGGCAUGGAUUCAAAACACAAAAUCUGUAAUGAGAACAGAUGAUAGAAAGCAAAAAAGACAUUACAACCUCAUGAGUUUCCUAGGUGCUCUUAGUCCAAGGCUGGCACUAAUCUAUUUGUAGUAAAUAGACAAACAAAACAAAGGGAAUAUCUAACAGUAGCCAGUGGAUACUGGGCAAUAUUACAUCAGCUGGGUAUUACCUCUGCCAAGCCAAACCUCUGUGAAUUAUACUGAACUCAUGAAUUGCCCAUUAGAUAGUGUAUGCAAUAAAGAAGGGACACUAUCACCCUACAGUGCACUUGUGAUGCUUAACAUUUAUGUGGCCCUGAUUCUGAUUUGGGCCUUAGUGUGCUACUGUGAUACAACUAAUGAGAGUGAAUCAGCAUCUGCUGUCUCUCGGCCUAUUUCUGCACUGUUACUCAUCCUUUGGAUCUGGACUCAGAAUAUGACCAAUAGGCCUGCGCGAGUAGGGAAGUAUUUGAUUUGGAUUCGGCUGAUUUGGAAGACAGUGACUCGAUUCGGUCAUUCAAAUCACUGUCCCCAUUCGAUUUGGCUGAAUCGGCUUCAAAAGAUUUGGCGCUGAUUUGGAGAGAUUCUGUGAUUUGGAUCAGCCAGGGAGAGGCAGGCACAGCUAGGCAGCUGCAGAUUCUCCCAUGGCUCCUCCAGCUGUGCCUGCUUCUUCCCAGGCAGGGGGAGCUGCAGGAGAAGCCCCCAUGGCUGCUCUGCUCGGUCCCAGCCUCCCAGCACUUAAAAAAAAAAAAAAAAAAAAAAAGCCCCCACACUCACUGGCUGCAGCAGUGGCAAUCAGGGCCUCUGGGCACUCAUGGCAGAGCCCCCCUGCUCCCCCCCCAUGCAGUGUGGGGCAUUGGGGGCAGCAGGGAUUACCCCCCACACUCCUGCCUGGCACUCACAUGUGCAGUGUGACUCGACAGGGCGCUGCAUGCUCUCUGGGAGCUGGGGCCGCUGGGGCUGAGUGCUGCCAGGCUCCAGGUGACUGUUGCAGCCGGUGAGUGUGGGGCUUUUUUUUUUAAGUGCCUGGAGGCUGGGCCGGGUGGCAGAUGGGGUCGAGCAGGGCAGCCAUGAGGGCUUCUCCUGCAGCUCCCCUAGCCCGGGAAGAGGCAGGCACAGUUGGAGGAGCUGCGGGAGAACCUGCAGCCGCCUGGCUGUGCCUGCCUGUCCCUGGCUGAUCUGAAUCUCUGAAUCCCCAAAUGUUUUCUGAAUCGAUUUGGAUGCUUCAAAUAGAUAUGGAGCUUUUAAUGGGACUCUCAAUUGGAUUCAGAGAUUCGGCCCCCGAAUCUGGCUGAAUCUCCUCCGAAUCAAAUCGGUGACUGAAGCUUUGCACAGCCCUAAUGACCAAUAUCAAUACAACUAUUUGGUGUUCAGUUGGACAAAAAAGGGGACUUAUAUCUGUGAUUUACUUAUAUGAAUUACUGCCAGAUGUAUGUAUUUAAUCUAUGUAAAUAUUCAGUGUUUGGUUCCAGCUAGUUAGAGUGGUUCUCAAACUGUAGUGUGCAGCUCAAUAGAGCCGCUCUGUCAAAAGGGUAAAGUAUUCCUGAUCCAUCAGUUUCUACACAUUGGUGCUUGCCAUGAACUAUAUCCCAAUUCAGGGAUCUAUUCAGGUUUUUCAGAGUAACAGUCUCAAAAACAACAGGUUUCAGGCUGUCCCCAGCACAGCUGUUCUAUGUCUUUCCUCAUCAGGAUAUUCCUUUUGUAAAUUUAAUUGUGAUCAAAGUUGGAUGGGAUUCUGAAACUUGAUUGGGAGCAAACACCAAGGUGAGUUCAAAGGGAUUAAAAAUCCACAUGAUUUAGGAAAGGGAGAUCAUCAUAGAGGUCUGCUUUCAGGGAGAGGAAACAUAUCUGCAGAGAUACCAAAACUGUGGGGACAGGACAAGGAACAUAAUAAACAUAGAAAGGUGACUUCGUUUUCAUCUUGUCUCCUUAAUGUCUUAACAUUUCAUUAAUUAUUCUUCAGUGAAGCUGAGAACUGCUCUUGCUUCAGGGAAAGAGUGGCAUCAGGAAUGGAGGGAGGACCCAUACCUUAAAAAUAAGUCCCCAGCACAAAAAUGUUUGAGAACCAUUCUCCUAGCAUGAUCUUUUUUCUCACUACUGCCCUUUGCUGUCUGGAAUGACAAAUCUAGUCAUAAUUUCAUAAGACUUAAUAUUGCUACAGCUAAAUAAAAGUCUGCGCAUAAAAACAUAAAAUAUUACCUUUCUCAGUGUUUUUUCAGUAAGACCGAGUAUGGAUGCCUGAAUUAAUGUUAUGAAUGAGCUGGGAAUGUCCUGACUCAUUUUCUGUUUCUCCCCAUCCAAAACUGUAUUCUUAAAAUCUGGACCUUACCCUCUUGCUAGACUAUAAAGCAUUGUACACAAUAAUUGCACUUUAGAAAAUAUCUCUGUAAUGUGAUAUUCUAGCAGAGAAUGAUGUUAGGUCACCUGGUAUGAUGUCUGUUUGUAGGCUUCCAUGUAAGAGACAGACAGGUUUCUAUUAACUGCUUAGGUCUGUUUUAAUCAGUUGUUUUCUAAAAUAAUUAACAUUAUCUUAAUGAGCAUUGUUGUUAAUCAAUAUCUUUGUCACAUGAAUGUGUUAGAAAUUCUGCGUGAACUAAAUAUUACUACUAAGCAAUAAUAAUUUUUUUUUUAAAAGCU